AUCAGGCCUUUGUGACACUGACCACAAACGAUGCCUACGCCAAAGGUGCCCUCGUCCUAGGCUCAUCUCUGAAACAGCACAGGACCACUGGAAGGCUGGUUGUGCUCGCCACCCCGCAGGUCUCGGACUCUAUGAGGAAAGUUUUAGAGACAAUCUUUGAUGAAGUCAUCACGGUAGAUGUCUUGGACAGUGGCGAUUCUGCUCAUCUUACCUUAAUGAAGAGGCCUGAGUUGGGUGUCACACUGACAAAACUUCACUGCUGGUCACUUACACAGUAUUCAAAGUGUGUGUUCAUGGAUGCAGAUACUCUGGUCCUAGCAAAUAUUGAUGAUCUUUUUGAGAGAGAAGAAUUGUCAGCAGCCCCAGACCCAGGGUGGCCCGACUGCUUCAAUUCCGGGGUCUUUGUCUACCAGCCCUCAGUUGAGACAUAUAAGCAGCUGCUGCACCUUGCUUCUGAGCAAGGUAGUUUCGAUGGUGGGGACCAGGGCUUACUGAACACAUUUUUUAGCAGCUGGGCAACAACAGAUAUCAGAAAACACCUGCCAUUUAUUUAUAACCUAAGUAGCAUUUCUAUAUACUCCUACCUCCCAGCAUUUAAAGCGUUUGGUGCAAAUGCCAAAGUUGUGCAUUUCCUGGGACGAGUCAAGCCAUGGAAUUAUACUUAUGAUCCCCAAACAAAAAGUGUUAAAAGUGAGUCCCACGAUCCCACUAUGACUCAGCCGGAGUUUCUCAACCUGUGGUGGGACAUCUUCACCACCAGUGUUUUACCUCUGCUUCAACAUCAUGGGCUUGUGAAAGACACCUGCUCAUACAAAAAUGUGCUUUCAGACUUGGUCUAUACACUGGCUUUCUCUUGUGGCUUCUGUAGAAAGGAACAUGUCUCAGGAGCCGUCUCACACCUGUCCCUUGGGGAGAACCCAGCUGCACCACAGCCUUUUGUGUCAUCAGAGGAAAGGAAGGAGCGAUGGGAACAGGGCCAGGCUGAUUACAUGGGAGCAGACUCCUUUGACAACAUCAAGCGGAAACUUGACACUUACCUCCAGUAGAAGCACUGCCAUCUUCCAGUGAACACAUCCUUUCAAGGGGACUUGUUUCUGAUACUUAGUAUCUAGAGCUGGGUUGAGAAGUCUGUUACGGGAGUUCCAGGCUUUCACUAAAACUCCUCACAUGAAGGGUUUUUGCAGGUCGACAGGUGAGAACUGGGCAGAAGUUGCAGAGCUGUAGUUCUAUUAUAUGGACAGUGUUGUUUCAUAACCCUAGAAAUUCUCAGUUAUGCUGAUUGCCAAUGUAUGUAGUAAAGGAAACCCAAUAUUAUGCGCUGAAGAUGGUUGUACCAACUUGUGUAGAACCAGGUUCCAAAUCCAUCUCCUUUCAGAACAUGGCUUCUGCCCCUUGCCUGCUUGUUAUACUCAUCAGAAAAGUUGCAUUUUAGGAUUGCCCAGGGGCUACCAGAGUGGUAAUUCUGCUUCAGGUAAAGGCAACCUUUAAUAACACUGCUGAGUGAUUCAUAGCGUAUCAACAAAUGGUGUUAGCCCAUUUUAUUUCCUGUCUGAAUGUUCACCAGGUCUCUAUACACCGUAAGGCAGCAUGCUGAAAUGCUUUUGUUCAGUUCUAUAUAUGUGAAAAUAGCAGUGUGCUCUCUGAUGGUUACCUGCAGUUAAUACCCUGUAUGAAAAAUAAAGACUUAUUGCCAUA